AUGUUUCUCGAAGAUUUUCAUGGAUUCGAGAGGUGUAUGCACACAUGUUCUAAAGGCUUGCCUCUAGAACCUUUCGACUCUGAGAUCGAAGCAUCGAACCGGAAGAGGAACGCAUAUAGGAGGCUCACGCAGAAAAUUCACACCUCUUCGCCUACCCGCGCAGGAGCAUCUUCAGAUCAGAGGGAUCUUUCACCCAUCCGAUCACCAGUUCAGGAUCAUAUUCAGUUUGAUCCCGUUUCUCCUAGUCUGAUGGAGAACGAAGAGGGUAACAACGGUCCACCACCUCCUCCUCCUAAUUAUGCUGAGCUUCUACGACAGCUGGAGGAGUUGGGUCAACAGGUUAACCGUGGACCACCUAUGCCUGUGCAGAAUCAAUAUGUAUACCAAGGCCAGACAAAUCCAACCGUCCAUAGCAACAUCGCGGCCAAUACUUUUGAGCUGAAAAGAGGACUGAUUCAGAUGGCGGAGAACAUUGCUUUUAGGGGCAAAUCCACAGAUGACCCUAACAAGCAUAUCACCAAGUUCAUUCAGAUUUGCAACACAACAAAGAUGAAUGGAGUGACAGAUGAGCAGGUUCGACUAAGGCUGUUUCCUUUCUCUUUAGAGGAUUCAGCAAAGGAUUGGUUGGAGAGUUUGGAGCCAGGAUCAAUUAGAACAUGGGAUGCUAUGGUGGAAAAAUUUUUGGAGAAAUUCUACCCCCCUAGUGAAGCUAUAAAGAGACAACACGAGAUCAUUGCCUUUCAGAUGACUUCUACAGAGAAUAUCAGAGACGCAUGGGGGAGGUUUAAAUCUUUGAUGAAACGGUGUCCCAAUCAUGGGUUAACCCCGACAGUCCAAGUUAUUACAUUUUUCAAGGGAUGUGUGCCUGAAGCACAAAGGGAAUUGAACUUGAGCUCAGACGGUAAUUUUCUCAAGAAAGGAGUUAAUGAAGCCAUGGAAGUAAUAGAGGAGCUUGCAUCUAAUGACGAAGGAUGGAGCAACGAAAGGAGUAAGGUGCAUAGGGUAGCGUCUACUACAGAUCAUGAUCCUAUGAGUGCCCUAUCCGACAAGUUGGAUGCGCUGACUAUGAAAUUUGACUGCAUUACAAUGGGACAGCCGUCUCAACAAGCCCAAGGAAAAAUGGGGGACGUGAACUAUGUGAAUCAAGGGGACAACAACCGGUACUUCAAUAAUCACCACCCCAACUUUCAGGGUGGAGGAUAUAAUCAGUUCGGGAACAAAUGGCAUCCCAAUCUCUCUUAUGGAAACCCAAAUAAUGCCCUGCAACCACCCCCGGGGUUCACAGUUACUGAUGGAGUGGUUAAUGAUCCGAAGAAGAUGACCACGGAAGACAUACUCAAGUCUUUCAUGCUACAGUCCAACAAGCUCAUGGAACAGAACAAUCAAAGGAUGGAGAAGGUUGAGACAGAUGUGCAAAGUAUGGCCACUCAUCUGAAGAACAUCGACACACAGAUCAGCCAGAUUUCCCAGACUCACCCUCACUGCCUGCGACCACAUCUGAUACCGUUCUUGAGCCCAAGGCUGCCGUGGCAGAAAAGGAAAAAGGAGGCUGAAAAGGAGAAUACUGGCACCACUUCUGGAGUAAAGGUGCCAUUCCCGCAGGUACUGAAUCAGAAGAAGAAGAAAGAUGAGCAGUUCACUCGAUUUCUGGACAUCUUCAAAAAGGUGCAUGUGAACAUUCCUUUGAUCGAGGCACUGCAGCAGAUGCCUAAGUACGCUAAGUUUCUGAAGGAGGUAAUAGCCCAGAAGACCAGUUGGGGACAGGUUGACACUAUUAAUCUAACUGAAAAUUGCAGUGCUCUGCUGCAAAGGAAACUGCCUGCCAAGCUGAAGGAUCCUGGAAGUUUCACUGUCGACUGCCUCAUUGGGGGCUAUAAGGUGGAGAAUGCUCUCUGCGAUCUAGGCGCGAGCAUUAAUCUAAUGCCACUAUCGGUGUUCAAGAAAAUGAACAUUGGUACUUUGAAGCCCACCUCAGCCACACUACAGAUGGCAGACAGACAGAUCUGUCGUGUAUCCAGAGGGCAUCGUGGAAGACCUACUGAUUAA